AUGGAGGGUGGGGCCUCCUCCUCCUCCUCCUCCUCCUCCUUCCGCCGCGGCUUUAUACGGCGAUCUGAGGGUGAAAUCCAAGCUGUUGAGGAAACAAAGAAAGAUGAGACCGCAGAAGAUGCAGUACAAGCAGCUGUCUCGGUGCUGGAAUGUAGUGAUGCACAAGAAGAAAGCAAAGUUAUUGCUGACACAUCAUUUGAAAUAACUACUCAAUCGGAGGCUGCUGAAACUGAAAUUGGAACUGCUGAAGCUUCUGGUGCGGCAGAAAACCUAGGAGACAAGAGUAAAAACCCUGACGCUAAUAUGGACAUGCCUGCUGACUCAACUGCCAAAAAUGCAGGUGCUAAAAUAACUUCCGAAACUGAUGGUAUUGCAGAACCGGAGAGCAAAGUAGUAGCGCAACCUCAAGCCACCCCACCAACCAUGCAAGAGCUACCUGCAACUCAAGAACCAGCCGGAGACACAAAAGUUACUGCUGAACCUGAAUUACCAGUGCAUGGCUUCACACCUGCUGAGGCAGAAGCUAUACACAAGUCAGAAGAAGAGGACGGUGACAAGGCUUUGCGUAGUGGCAGAGCUCAUGCAGAUGCUGAAAAACAAGUCCAUUUUAUUGGGGAAGCUGCGACUGAUGGUGCCACACUAGCAGCAUCAGAUGCAACCGCUGGUAUUGAGGAUCACCAGGAAGCACCUAAAGACGAAAUUGCUGGCGAGAUAUUUGAAGCAUCAGCAUCAAAUUUAGCACAAGCAUCUUGUGUGACAACUACUAUUUCUGACCAUGCCAAUGAAACGGCUAACGAUGGUGCCAGGGUUCAAGAAUUGACAUCACAAGUAGCUGAUGGACCUGAAGCAAUAAUCCAUCCAGAUGUCACCGCUCCUAUUGAUGAAGCGAGUGCUGGUCAAGAUACUGAAGCUGUUGGAGAAUCAGACGGUGUUGGUCAAGAACUUGUUCCGGUUAGCUCUAUUGUGAAUGUGCAAAAUGAUGAAGCAAAGCCAUGUGAAGGUCAAGAGGGUGUUGCUGAGGCACCAAAUAGCGUUGAAGAGAAAUUCUCAGAAGCUGAAGCUAUGAAAGAGAAGAACGAUGAUGGGAGCCCAAGUGAUGACAUGUCCUGUGUUGCCGAGGUAUCAGUUACUCCUGAAGUUGUUAACCAGAUCAAGAGGAGAACGUUGCAAGGCCUGCUCAUGGCUGAGAAGAGCACUGAAAAACUACCGAUUGGAGACCAACCCAUGAAGUCCACUGAUGUGUCUAAUUCCACGACAGCCCAAGAGUUUGAUUCUAACAGUGUGGAAACUUCUGACUUGUGUAAAGAAAAUAUUGCUGCAGACAGUAGCGACUUGGUUGUAGCUACAACUAAAACUGCUCAAGCCAUUGAGGUGAAGGACUACUCGACCAUCACUGAGCAAGUAGUGAAGGAAUCAGUUCCUGAGGAUGCUAAAUCUGCUGCAGAGGAUACAAAAGAAGCGAAAAGUGUUGCAGAAAGCAACCUAGGACAUAUGUCUAGUGAAGUGGAGAAAAAAGGAGAGGCAAACAAGGCAGACUCCACUCAAGCUGUGAAGCCUUCUCAGCGCCAUUCCAUCAACAUCGUGUCCAAGGUGAAGCAGUCCAUUGUCAAGGUAAAAAAGGUGAUCGUUGGAAAGUCACUGAGCUCCAAGACCUUGAAACCACCGGUCGAGGCAGGUGAAAUCAAUGUAAAGUGA